GUCUAAUGGAUUACGCCUUAAUCACAAUUAUUAGUAUUUAUAAAGAAGGCUACUUCAUACAUUUGAAACCAUCUCUCUAAACAAUAUCAAUUUUUUUUUGUUGAAUAGAACAAAAUGGAUAAAAUAGCUUUUGCUAGUUUUGGCAGUAAGGCAAAGCCUUAUGUGUUAACAGUGGCAGUUCAACUUGGGUUUGCAGUAGCAUCCAUAUUCGCCUUGGCCAGUUUCAAUAUUGGAAUGAGUCGUUUUGUAUUCAUUGUUUAUCGUAAUAUCAUUGCUGCAAUUACUCUUGCACCUUUUGCAUGGUUUAUAGAAAGGAAAGCUAGGCCAAAGAUGACUUUGACUGUCUUUUUGCAGAUAAUGGCGCUCGCAUUUUUGGAGCCAGUGAUUGAUCAAGGAUUCACUUUCUUGGGAAUGCAAUAUACAUCCGCUUCAUUUACAUCUAUUCUAUAUAAUAGUGUGCCUUCUAUUACCUUUUUCUUAGCCGUAAUUUUCAGGAUUGAACAAGUAAAUAUUAAACAGAUACGAAGCAUAGCAAAGGUGAUUGGGACAUUAGUAACAUUUGCAGGUGCAUUAUUGAUGAUAAUUUACAAAGGCCCACAAAUCCACCUUUUUUAUUCUCCAAAUAAUGCUCAUCAUCAUGCUGGAAGUCACGACACUCAAACUCUCAAACAUUGGGUCUCAGGAACACUCUUUUUAUUAUGUGGUUGUUUCGCUUGGUCAUCUUUCUUCAUAUUACAGUCGAUAACGUUGAAAAAGUAUCCGGCUGAAAUGUCAUUGUCUACGUUAAUUUGCUUCGUUGGCGCUUUGGAAAGUAGCGCGGUGGCGUUGGUGGCGGAGCAUAACUCUGGUAUUGGAGUUUGGGCUCUUGGUUGGGACUUUAGACUCUAUGGUCCUCUCUACAUGGGAGUAGUUACCUCAGGAAUAACAUAUUAUGUGCAAGGGUUGGUAUUGCAAAGCAGGGGGCCAGUAUUUUUCACAGCAUUUAAUCCUAUUUGUAUGAUCGCCACUUGUGCUUUGGGCUCCUUCCUUUUCGGAGAACAACUCCACUUGGGAAGUAUCAUUGGAGCUGUGAUUAUUGCAAUAGGUCUUUAUUCCGUGGUGUGGGGUAAAGCCAAAGACUAUUCAUCAGCCACUACUAUUAUGCCACCAUCACCAGUUACAAUGAAGCAAAUUGAGGCAGAACAGCUUCCAAUUACUUCAUCUGAUCAUAUGUAACCGACACCAACUAAUUAUGUAUGAAUUUAAAGUGUGCUGUUGUUCCCUUAACUAAGAAUAUGCAAUAGUUAUCUAUAUUAUCUCAUGCUUGUGUUUUGGUUUACACAUUCUGAAGGAGUAUUAUCAUAUUGCAACUAUAGGCAGUAGUGUAUGCAUGCAUAUUUUUUCUGAAAGUAUAUGUACUUUUUUUCAUGUCAAGAUAUUUUUGUCAUUUUGUGUGGAUUAUUAUUUUGCUUCAUCA